AUGCUAACGGGGGCCAAUAGGGUGAGGGUUUUCUUCGAGUGCACUCCCGGCGGCAAACAUGGCGACGCCCGCACGGUACUGCGUACCCGGCGAGCGGCUAUGCAGCACGGAGGAGGCCACGGCCGGCAGCGGGACCUACACCCGGCACGGCUUCAUCUUCUCCUCGCUGGCUGGGUGCCUGGAGAAGACGAGCGAGGAGAGCGGGCUGCCCAUUGUGUCCGUGGUGAGAGACAGUGAUCCCCAGCUCCUGCCCGACGUGGGGGCCGUGGUGACAUGCAAGGUUUGCAGCAUUAACUCUCGCUUUGCUAAGGUGCACAUCCUGUACAUUGGCUCCACACCACUGAAAUCCACCUUCCGGGGCACCAUACGGAAAGAAGAUAUUCGAGCCACAGAGAAAGAUAAGGUAGAGGUGUACAAGAGUUUCCGCCCCGGUGACAUAGUCCUGGCCAAAGUCCAGAUCUCGCUGGGGGACUCGCAGUCCAACUACCUGCUGAGCACAGCGGAGAAUGAGCUGGGUGUCGUGGCGGCACGCAGCGAGGCAGGGAUGCAGAUGGUGCCCGUCAGCUGGUGCGAGAUGCAGUGCCCGCGGACACACACCAAGGAAUUCCGUAAGGUGGCCCGUGUGCAGCCCGAGUUCCUGCAGACCUAGCAGCACUGAGGGGACCUGCUGGAUGAGGGGCGGCAGGGCUGGAGCAACCCCCGGCCAAGGGGGAGGCCUGGCCAGGCCCUCGCUGGCAGGAUGGAUUUUCGGCUUUCAGAUAAUAAAUACUUUUUGAGA